GAAGGUGAUUGUCAGAGCUGCCAAAAAAAGCCAGUUUGCAAAAAUGGCCAGCAGGGGUAAGGGGAAGAAGGAGAGGGCAUGGAAAGAGGGUGAGCAUUGGAAGGCGAGUGAAUAUUGGUGUGGGGGGACUCAGGACUUGUUUGAGGGGGACUCAGAGGAGGAAUAUUUCUCUGAAACAAGUCCUGAGCCCCAGGGGGAGAAAUCUAUUAGGGCAUACAACAGGUUAGUCCGAGGAAAGGAAAGGAGUUGGGAGGAGGAAGAUGGGCAGGGGGGCAGCAGCACCUGGGAUAGGAGUAGGGACACAGGAAGGGAAAGGAGGGAAAGAGCCCAUGACCCAUUGUGGGGGGAGGAGGUAGAAGAGUUCUGGGAGAGGGGGCAGGAGAAAAGGGCAUCAGGAAAGGGAUCCCAUGGGAGGGAGGAGGUAAGGGCAGCAGCAAUAUCGUCCCAGUGGAGGAAGGAUGGAAGGGCAGUAACAAUGGAGUCACAGGGGAGGGAGAAUGAAAGGACAGCAGCAAGAGGCCCCCAUGGGAGGGAGGAUGGAAGGGCAACAGGAAGGGGGUCACAGGAGAGGGAAAUGGGUAGGGCAACAGGAUGGAGUUCCCAGGGGAGGGGAGAUGAAAGGGCAGCAGGAUGUGGUUCCCAGGGUAAGGGGGAGUAUAGGGCAGCAGCAUGGGGGACCCAGGGUGGAGGGAAAGGCAGGGCAACAGAAGGUGGGUCCCCGGGAAGGGAAGAGGUAAGAUCAGUAGAAAGGGGGUCCCGGGGGAAUGAGAAAAGAAAGGCAUCAGUAGGUAGGGGGUCCUGGGGGAAUGAGGAGAGAAAUGCAUCAGGAUGUAGGUCCCAGGAGAAGGAAAGGCCAGCAGCUAGUGGCUCACAGCGGUGGAGGACAUUGUCCCCUGUACCUGCCACCAGGCGUCCUAGAGAGGAGGAGACCGAGGAGGAGAACGAAGAAGGGCCCAUCUAUAAACUUGGUCCCCGGUUUAGCAGUGAGGAGAAUGCAGCAUUGGUCAAUGAGGUGAUCAGACAGUGGGACUUGUUGUUUGGUACUCGGUCGCAUUGGAUCACUCCUGCCAGGCGCAAACAUCUCUGGCAGGAGGUAGCGGAAUGUGUAACAUCUGUAAGUACUGUGCACCGUGAUGGACACACUGCAUACAAGCGCUUCAGCGACCUGAAGCGAUACAUUAGGAAGAAAUUUAUGGUCCGGAGGACUAAACGCCAGAAGGCUGGAGGAGGGCCUCUACCACCACUCAGGCUGAGGCCUUAUGAGCGCCACCUUUUGGAGACCAUGGGUGAAGAGGUGUGCCAAGGGUUUGAAGCUGAAUUCUGGGACACGGAUCGGAGACCCCAAGCAGCAAGACAGCAUCACAGACCAACAGACAUGUACAGGGGACAGACCUCUCAGCAGGCCACUGUAGCGGCAUUGGCACAGCCACUGAAUCCCAGUGAGGCAGGCGUACAGGAGCCUAUUGAAUGUCAAGAACAACAAGUUGGAUACCACCACCAGUCCUUGUCCACACUGCCUGUGAAGUCCCCCAGACCUGCUGCUGCAUCUGUUGCUGCUGCCAGGGGACGUGAACAGGGGCAAGGGCAAGGACUGGAUGAGACAUCUUUGGAUUUCCCAACAGAGGCUCUAUGGACAUCUGCUUGCUUGUCUGCUGUGUUCCAGCCUUCAUUCGUGCACCAACGCAGACAUAAUCUCCGCCUCAGGCGCUGGAUGGCCCGCGUCGAUGGUCAUCUACUUGACCUGAGAUGGGAAAUGGCUGUGGUGAGUCAGGAACUCAAAAACUUAAAAGUGGAACUGCAUGAAUGGAGGUUGGAGGCUCAGAAGCAGCAUCUAGAAUGGCAGUCAAAUGCGGACCGGCGCAACAAUGCCCUGUUGACAGCCCUAGAACAAGCACUGCAUGUGCCUACUUCUGCCAGGUCUACUGAGGAGACCGUCCCUGAACCCUCUCAUGCGCCUCCCCGACGUAUUUCUCAACGGACUAGGGGAAGGCCCAAUAAAAAGGGCAAGUAGGUCUCAAAUCUGUGUCCCUGCUGUUGCUUUCAAGCCCCUAAUGGCCAAUACUUCUUCACCCAGUUCCAUUGUGGCCACAAACUGUUACUGAAUACAUUGCUUCAGGACAUGUUUCGCUACAUGAUCCAAUUUGACUGAUUACCAAACAAGAAGUCCCAUUAUUUCAAAAAACCUCAUAAACCACUGCUGCAUUCUUCUCACUGAGGGACAUCACCAUAACAUCUAGCGGUGCCCUUUCCAAUAACAUCUGAAAAAGCAGUUUAGUAUUGAAGUGCAUUUGCUUUAACAACCUUUUUUGCUUUUGCCAAAAUAAAAAUUUGCCCAUACCUCUGUCUUGGGCUACUUUAAAGAAACGUGUACUAAAGCUUCAAUUCUAUCAUACUGUACAUACUAUACAUCUUUGUCUGCAGUGGGAAAUUUGAUUGUUAGUUACUUAUUCCUUUUUCUACAAGUACACUUCAAGCAUAAGUUUGUGUGCUAAAUGCACACUUUAUUGUAUUAUAAUUGUAUUCGUU